AUGCGUGGAAAAGAAUUGGAGUUUUUUCAAAUUAUGAGUGGGAUGUUGUAUCAUCUAAAUGCAGAAUAUAGCAUUGAUAAUGUUUUUAGAGAUGAUAAGCUUAAAAAAGCACAUUGUAGAAAUUCAGCUUGGCAUCCACAAAGUCCUGCUUUAAAUCAUAAUGUAGGUGAUACUAAAACCUCAUCAUGA